UAUUAGAAGAUACAAUUAAAAGGCUUAAAUCUAUAAUUUUAGAGACUGAAAAAGCACAAAAUCAAUCUCCUUCCAGACUUGAUUCCUUUGUCAAGACUUUAGAAGCAGACAGAGAUUAUUAUAAGACUGAGGCUCAGCAUCUGAGAAAGAUGAUGAGAAACAGAUCUAAGAGUCCAAGGCGCCCGUCACCGACGUCCCGGGGUGCAAACUGUGACGUAGAGCUUUUGAAGUCAACUGCAAGAGACCGUGAAGAGCUGAAGUGUAUGCUAGAAAAAUACGAACGUCAUUUGGCAGAAAUCCAGGGCAAUGUCAAGGUUCUCACAUCUGAGAGAGACAAGACUUUCCUUCUUUAUGAGCAGGCACAGGAAGAAAUUGCUCGACUUCGACGAGAAAUGAUGAAAAGCUGUAAGUCUCCUAAGUCAACCACAGCACAUGCUAUUCUUCGUCGGGUAGAGACGGAGAGAGAUGUAGCCUUCACUGACUUACGAAGAAUGACUACAGAGCGAGACAGUCUGAGGGAAAGGCUCAAGAUUGCUCAAGAGACAGCGUUCAAUGAGAAGGCUCACUUGGAACAGCGGAUAGAGGAGCUGGAAUGCACAGUUCACAACCUUGAUGAUGAGCGCAUGGAACAGAUGUCAAACAUGACUUUGAUGAAGGAAACCAUAACCACUGUGGAAAAAGAAAUGAAAUCAUUAGCAAGAAAGGCAAUGGACACCGAGAGUGAGCUUGGCAGACAGAAAGCAGAGAAUAAUUCUUUGAGACUUUUAUAUGAAAACACAGAAAAAGAUCUUUCUGAUACUCAGCGACAUCUUGCUAAGAAAAAAUAUGAGCUACAGCUUACUCAGGAGAAAAUUAUGUGCUUGGAUGAAAAAAUUGAUAAUUUUACAAGGCAAAAUAUUGCACAGCGAGAAGAAAUCAGCAUUCUUGGUGCAACCCUCAAUGAUCUGGCUAAAGAAAAGGAAUGCCUGCAAGCAUGUCUGGAUAAAAAGUCUGAGAAUAUUGCAUCCCUUGGAGAGAGCUUGGCAAUGAAAGAAAAGACCAUUUCAGGCAUGAAGAAUAUCAUUGCUGAGAUGGAACAGGCAUCAAGACAGUCUACUGAAGCCCUGAUUAUGUGCGAACAAGAUAUUUCCAGAAUGCGCCGGCAGCUGGACGAGACAAAUGAUGAGCUGGGCCAGAUCGCCAGGGAGAGAGAUAUCUUGGCUCAUGAGAAUGACAAUCUUCAAGAACAGUUUGCCAAAGUCAAACAAGAAAACCAGGCACUGUCCAAAAAACUGAAUGAUACUCAUAACGAACUCAGUGACAUAAAGCAGAAGGUCCAGGAUACAAAUCUGGAGGUUAACAAGCUGAAGAACAUACUAAAGUCUGAGGAAUCUGAGAACCGGCAAAUAAUGGAACAACUCCGAAAAGCCAACGAAGAUGCUGAAAACUGGGAAAAUAAGGCCCGCCAACUAGAGGCAGAAAACAAUACACUCAAACUGGAACUUAUCACCGCUGAAGCAGAGGGCAACAGAUUAAAGGAAAAAGUUGAUGCCCUUAACAGAGAGGUUGAACAACACCUAAACGCAGAGCGCUCUUACAAAUCCCAGAUUGGAACGUUACACAAGUCUCUAGUGAAGAUGGAGGAGGAGCUUCAGAAGGUUCAGUUUGAAAAGGUGUCUGCACUCGCAGAUUUGUCUUCCACGAGGGAACUCUGCAUUAAGCUCGACUCAAGCAAAGAACUUCUUAAUCGACAGCUGGUUGCCAAAGAGCAGGAAAUAGAAAUGAUGGAGAAUGAGCUGGAUUCUGCGCGCUCUGAAAUAGAAUUGCUCAGGAGUCAGAUGACAAACGAGAGGAUCUCCAUGCAGAAUCUUGAGGCUCUGCUUGUGGCCAACCGAGACAAAGAGUACCAGUCUCAGAUAGCGCUGCAGGAAAAGGAGUCUGAGAUCCAGCUGCUGAAGGAGCACCUUUGCCUGGCAGAGAACAAAAUGGCCAUCCAGAGUAGAGAUGUGGCACAGUUCAGAAAUGUUGUAACACAGUUAGAAGCAGAUUUGGACAUUACAAAAAGACAACUAGGGACAGAACGAUUUGAAAGGGAGAGGGCUGUCCAAGAACUUCGCCGCCAGAAUUACUCAAGUAAUGCUUAUCAUUUGGGUUCAAUGAAGCCAAAUACAAAAUGUCACUCACCAGAGCGUGCUCACCAUCGAUCUCCUGACCGAGGCCUCGACCGAUCAUUGGAAGAGUAAGUGUGCACAGGACCUGGAGUGUAGCCGUGUUCACAGUGAGAU